CAUGCGGUGGCCCUCAUGGCGUACACCCAUGAAUGCCUGUACCCGGAGUUCAACGCAGCCGUGCGCGAGGCCGGGCGCUCCUGCAGGGAAUACAUGGACCACUUCCACUUCAAGACACUGCAUUUCCUCCUGACCCAGGCCCUGAAAAUCCUGAGGGAAGCCCAGCCCCGGAAGUGCUACCACGUCUACCGGGGCGUCAGUGACAUCCGCUUCACUGCCCGACUCAAUGAUAGCGUCCGCUUCGGCCAAUUCGCCUCCUCCUCCCUCAAGAAGGAAGAAACCACAGAAUUUGGCACUGACACCACCUUCUCAGUGUACACCUGCUAUGGUGUCCCCAUCGAGAACUUCUCCUUCUACCCCGGGGAGGAGGAGGUCCUCAUCCCACCCUUUGAGAAAUUCAGAGUCACAAACAUCACCUAUGAUGGGAAGAAAACCCACAUCCAGCUCAAUUCCACUGGCAUAUUCAGCUGCCGCAACUGCGAAUGGUUGCAAGAGAAACGAUGCAAGGACCAGCCGUGCGACUUCAGCGCAGGCAGGACCAUCAUCGGAGACCCCCUGCUCCUCUGGGGGCUCCUCCUGGCAGCCACGGCCCUGGCAGCCACGGGGGGACCCUGAGCCCCGAUGCCACCGCACCACGGCGAGAGAGAGGGGUCCAGGAUGGAAGACACCAGCAUCAUCGGGAUGGUGGGAUGGGAGGGGUCAGCAUUUGGGGCUGGGGGCAUGGGGACAGCCCCGCUGCAGCCCCCGUGCCCAGAUGAAGCCCUGCCACGGUGCCACCCCUUCUGGGACAUGCACCCAGCCCCAGGGAAUACAUCAGAACCUUCAGCAGAGCUGCAGAUGGGGCUUUUGGAUGCAG